AUGAGCUGUCGGUGUAUUGCUUUUAGACUGGCGAGUCUAAUGUUUCUAUGGGUGUGGAUAACACUAAGCCUUUACUGUUGGGUUGUAGCCACCGCAGCGAGUUCCAGUGAUGCCGCUGGUCCAUUCGGUUGGCUCCUUUCGGAUAAAGGACCUUUUCAUCGCUCCGAGGAAUUCACAGAGUUCGCGGAGCGCUACCAGCAGGGUUUCACCACCAAGUAUAAGAUUUACAGAGAGUUUGGUCGUUGGAAGGUCAACAGUCUGGUGCUAGAGAGGCGGAACAACAAUGGCUUUGCCCUGCCUCUUGAUCCUGAAUUCAUGCAGAAUGUCAGACUGUUGGGGAGGAGGCCUACCCUCAGAAUGAUCAUGGAGAACAUCAUCAGAAAAUAUGGCACACACUUUCUGUUGUCUGCUACACUGGGAGGUGAGGAAUCCUUGACUAUCUUUGUGGAUAAGAGGAAGUUGAGUAGGAGAGUGGAUGUUGGUGACUCAAACAGCACCGGAGUGACCCUGGAGACACUCCACCAGCUGGCGGCCUCCUACUUCAUUGACAGAGAGAGCACGCUGCGCAAGCUGCACCACCUCCAGAUAGCCUCCACUGCCAUUAAGGUGACUGAAACAAGGACAGGUCCUCUUGGAUGCAGUAACUAUGACAACCUCGAUUCAGUCAGUUCUGUUCUGGUUCACAGUCCUGAGAAUAAGAUUUAUUUACAAGGAUUACAGGUUAUUUUACCAGACUACUUGAAGAGUCGCUUCAUGGAGGCAGCCCUUAACUACAUUGGUUGUAACUUUGAGGGCGAGUUUGUGUGCAAGGACAAUGACUGCUGGUGCCAAUGCAGUGCAAGAUUCCCACAUUGCAAUUGCCCUGAGGUUGAUGUCCGUGCCAUGGAGGAGAAUUUAAGAAAUAUUAGAGAAGCCUGGACACAAGCUAACCGGGAAUUUGAAGAUUCGGAUGAGUUCCAAAUGUUUGUGAGACGACUACCAACAUUCUAUGCUUUGAACUCAUCUGCCAUUGAAUACUUCUGGAAGAUGGAUCCUGGGGUCCAUCAACGGUACAGACAGCUGGAGAUCAGCACAGGUCUACUUCUUAGCAAAGCCCGGAGAAUCGUUAACAAGCUUUUCACUCUCAGCAAGAGAUGCCACAAACAGCCAAAAAUAGUUGUGCUGAGGGAACGGUCUUUUGGCUACUGGCUGAAUUAUAUCCUGUCCAUCCUGUACUGCAGUGAGAAUAAUCACUUUGGAACCUAUAUAGAAGAGAUGCGAAGCUGUUCUUGUCCCUACGAACACCCAUCCUGUCAAGCAGUCGUCCCAUGUACGGUUGGCGAGGGCCCAUUCUGUGACUCUUGUUUCCAUGAGAACAGAACACGGUGUGCUAACUGUAACGCAGGAUACAUGCUCAGCCAGGGAACAUGCAGGUAUGAGGUGCCCGAUUCCACAGAUCACUACAUUGGCUUCGAGACAGAUCUGCAAGACCUGGAGUUGAAAUACCUGCUCCAGAAGUGUGAUAGUCGUAUCACAGUGCAUGCCAUCUUCAUCAGCAAUGACAUGAGACUAAACAGUUGGUUUGAUCCAUCUUGGCGAAAAAGAAUGUUGCUCACACUGAAGAGCAACAAGUUCAAGUCCAACCAUGUACACAUGCUCCUGGGCAUAUCCCUUCAGAUAUGUCUCACGAAAAACAGUACGUUGGAACCACUGCUAUCAGUUUAUAUAAACCCUUUUGGUGGCAGCCACUCUGAAAGCUGGAUCAUGCCCAUUGAUCAAAAUAGUUACCCUGAUUGGGAAAGGACAAAGUUAGAUAUACCUCUUGACUGUUACAACUGGACCUUGACUUUGGGCAACAAAUGGAAAACAUUUUUUGAGACAGUGCACUUCUAUCUGAGGAGCCGCAUAAAGACGACGUUGGCCCAAGGAAACAGCACUGUCUAUUUAGAACCACUAGAGUUCAUGGACCCUUCCCAAAAUUUGGGAUACAUGAAAAUUAACAGUAUGCAGGUAUUUGGGUACAGUAUGCACUUUGACCCGGAAGCAAUUCAGGACCUGAUUCUGCAGCUGGAUUACCCAUACACUCAGGGAUCACAGGAUUCUGCCCUUCUUCAGUUGGUAGAGAUCCGUGACCGUGUCAAUAGGCUGUCACCACCUGGUCCCCAACCACUAGACUUGUUCUCCUGCUUGCUUCGUCAUCGGUUGAAGUUAUCGCCCACAGAAGUAGUCAGAAUACUUGUGGCUUUACAGGCUUUCAGUGCCAAGCAGCCAAGCACUUUGGAGUAUGAAACAACCAAAUUAUGCAGUUAAUAAGAGAAUGUUGGCAAACUUUCAUAGAAAGCAUAAUCAUUACUAUUUACAGCAGGGUCAGAGUAUUUGGAAUGUUUUAGCAUUCAUUAACAUUAAUUUCUAACUGGAAGGCCUUGCCAUAAGACUCCAGACAUCACAGUUGCUUCUAGAGCGGAAAAGUCUACAAAUAUAUUAUUAUGCAAAAAAAAUGUGUCAUUGCAAAUACUUUCCAGACUUUGUAGCAUUUGAAGUACAGAAGUCCACAGAUUGCAAGUACCGCUAGCAUAUCCUACAAGCAAUACUAAAAGUCUUGCUACAAAUACUACAAGCAUUUGAAUCUAUGAGAAUUGGGGGGUGAGAUGAGAUUCAGCUGUAAAUUAUGCUGAUACAGUAUGGAACACAUUUGUUGCUUAACUAAGUCAUCAAGGGUCCAAGGUAACAAAUGA